AUGUCAGAUGCACCGUCUACAUCGAAAGAAGCUCAUCGUGACCUUGUGGACUUGUCGUUUUUGGUGUUAGCACGAAAAAUUCAAGCAGAGGGCCUCAUUGAUGCUUCACAUGUUUAUCCGCCGUGAGUUUUUACUUUUGUGUUCAUUGUUUAGGUUACUAUGGUGUUGGAAGGUAUAAAAACAUAUUGACUGUGCUGAGAGCAAUAAAAAUUUGUUUAGAUUUAAUAAGGAGCACGUUUAAAAUAUUUGUUAUAGUAGGAAGAAAAAUGGUCGAAAAAUGUGAAUUCAAGGAGAUUUCUGAGAAAGUUUUUGUACAUUGUUUUUAGAGAUACAAAUUGAGGUUUUAGAAAAAAAUCAAUUAUUUGCUUGUACUCUAAAAAUUUAUUUUAAAAAUAUUCUAAAAUGACAUAUAUUUUGAUAUUGUCUUCUUUUUAAGUACUUUGCUUUUUUUAAUUUUAGAAAGCCUGUAUUUCCUCAGUUUGUUCGUCCUACCGCCGCGAAUAUACCCAAAAACAGUAGUCGACGGAAUACAGAAAGGAACUUGGAACAUCCAAGUACAUCAGGCACUCCAAAGAGAAAAGUUGGGAGGCCAAGAAAGCUGUCUGAGGAAACUGAUAAUUUCGUCUCAUCCUUACGGAUAGUGCCUUUGGAGGAAAACAGGUACGUUUUUCUUAAAAUUGUUUUGCUCUUAGAAGGCAAUUGAGAUUAACAAAAGUUACAUUGCUAAUUUUUACGUUAUUUUAGAGAUUCGGAAGAACGUUCUCCACCAUCUUUUUCAAUUAAAGGUAGACCAGGACGAACAAAAUUAAAAGCAAAACGAAGUAGUAAUGAAGGAUUGUCUCCCACUAAGAGAUUGGAAUCAAUUGAAGAAUCUUUGAAUUCUGUAGGUUAAUUUAUGUGUUUUUUUUCUCUGAAUAUUGUAGAAUACUAUUUUAUUUUUUAAAAAUAUUUUACUUACUGUUUUUAGGAAGAAAAAAAGGUGAUAGAACGAGUAAAGUCUUUAAAAGCCGCAAACCGUUGGUCAUCGUCCAAGAUUGAAAAUCCUCCAUAUGAAGCAGAAAGGCUAAAAACUCAUUGGGACUUUUUGUUAGAAGAAGUGAAAUGGAUGUACUUAGAUUUUAAAAACGAACGACAUGUUCGUCAUCUUACUACGAAAAAGAUCUCAACAGCAGUUCUCAAAUAUCAUAAGGAUCUCAGGAAGAAUGUGUACGACGAAGAUGAUGAACGUGCCGUGAAAGAGCGGGAAAAAGAGGCUAAAAAGGUGUGCUCAAGUAUUGCCAAAAUGGUACGCGAGUUCUGGCAAAAGGCUGAAACCGUGGUCGAUUUUGGACAAAAGGCAAGUUGUUUAGGUGUUAUCAUUUGCUUUUGUUGACACAAGAGGCUUAGAGCAAGUAUAAAUUUAUACUUUUCAGGAAAUGGACGAAGCAAAGAAACGAGAAGCUUUGGAUAAACAUUUGAACUUGUUAGUGGACGAAGCUGAUCUUUUGUCAAAGAGUAUUAACGUUGAAUCUGAUUAUGAGACCGAAGCAGACGAGAAUGAUGCAGCUGCCGGCAUGAAUAAGCUAGCUGAAUUAAAACAACUAAAAAGCGAUGCUAACAUACAUUUGGACGAUAUAUUGUCGCAUUUGCCCGAAGGCUAUCUGGAAACGUAUUUAAACCGAAAAGAAGAGGCUAAUAUAAAGGAUUGUAAUGAAAAACUGGUUAGUAGUGGAAAAAUUGAUGACUUGGGUGAUCUCGCAACUAAAAUUCAUGUGAAGAAGGUUAAUGGUGAUUUGCAAGUAAAGGAGAAUGGAGAUGUAGACAAGUUAAAAAUAACUGACUUUGAACAAGAAAGGCGGAAGGAAAAUGGUGAUAUGGAUCAAGACAGGUUGAAAACUGGAGAGAAAUCAAAGGAAAACGGAAUAAAUGAGAAAGGAGAUUCACAAGACAACGUCAGUAAAGAAGGUUCAGAUGAGAAAAUGGAUAUUGAACAGUCAGGCAUUGUUAAAGAAGCUGAGAAGUCGGAAAGUAAUAGUCAAACUCCAGAAAUUCCGAUGGAAAUUGAUGAAAUGGCCAAAAAGGACAGAUCAGAUGCGUUGGAUCAAAUUGCGGCCGAAGCAGAACAGUUCCAGCCGAAAGGGAAUACGUUGGCUACAGCUGACGUAAGUAUAUAGUUUUAAUUUUUUCUACGUUAUGGUUUUGUAAAGGAUGCUUUAAAAAUUUUAUAUAAAGAAAGUUAUGGACGUUUCAUCGCUAGAAAUAUAAAUUUAUAAUUUAGGUGACAAUUCAACACCCAGUUCUAAUUGAUGGUCAUCUACGUGAAUAUCAGCUUGUUGGUCUACAAUGGCUCUUUUCCCUGUACGAAAAGAACCUGAACGGUAUUCUGGCAGAUGAAAUGGGUCUAGGAAAAACCCUUCAAACAAUAUCGUUAUUAGCCCAUUUGGCAGCAGAACACUCUGUCUGGGGCCCUCACCUCAUUGUUGUACCAACUUCAGUGAUAUUGAAUUGGGAAAUGGAAUUCAAAAGAUGGUGUCCGAGUAUGAAGGUCCUCACGUACUUUGGGAAUGCGAAAGAACGAGCCGAAAAACGUAAAGGAUGGAUGGCAAACAAGUCGUUUGAUGUGUGUAUAACGUCGUACAAAUUGUAUACACAAGAUGUGAGAUGUUUUAAGCGAAAGCAAUGGCAAUAUUUGGUACUGGACGAGGCUCAACACAUCAAAAACUUUGAAAGUCAACGAUGGCAGAGUUUGAUCAAUUUGAGAACGAGACGAAGGUUAUUGUUGACAGGAACCCCGCUACAGAAUAACUUGCUGGAAUUGUGGUCGUUGUUGCACUUUUUAAUGCCUAGGGUGUUUACCUCGAGGGAUGACUUUAAGGACUGGUUCAACAACCCAAUAGCCGGCAUGAUUGAAGGCUCAGUGGAUUAUAACCAAAAGAUUGUCCAACGUCUUCACAAAGUUUUAAGACCGUUCAUCCUACGCCGUCUGAAGGCAGAAGUCGAAAAACAAUUACCGGAUAAAGUGGAAAAAGUCAUAAAAUGCCCAUUGUCGAAACGUCAACGUUACUUAUACAACGAGUUUAUGAGCUUAAGGACGACCAAGGACAGCCUAGCUAGUGGUUCGAUGGUAUCGGUACUGAAUAUUGUGAUGCAAUUGAGAAAAUGUUGUAAUCAUCCUAAUUUGUUCGAACCAAGGGAAGUCGAAACACCAUUAUGUCCGGAAAUCGACAGAAUUAGGUAUCCGAGAAUGUGUAUUAUGAAGAAUGAGGAGAAAAUUGAAGAUACUCAAAGAGAGUCAGAUCUUGAAUUAGGAGAAAUGGAUGAUAAUAAAGGUGGUAACGACGAAAAAACGGCCGGUAAUGUACCAAACGCGGGUCUUACAACAUCAAAGUCUUCUUUUACGACUUUAAACUUGCCUAACAUCGUGUCAAAACUGGCUGAUCCAACUCCAAAAUACAUGAAAAUCACCGAAGACAAGAGCAACAAAAAAGUCGAGUUUUGCUCAUCGUUACGACCGAUAAAACGACCAGCCAAACUCAAUAUCUCCAGGUUGAAAGGACGGGUAAACAAUCAAAAUUUCGAGUUUGAAACAUAUCAAUUCGCCAGAAAACGACAUAUCGAACAGUGCGAAGACAAAUAUCGACCAUUUUUUAAUCAAAGACUGAUGGAUUUUGUGAAAAUAGAUCAAGUUGAAGAGGAGGAAGGUAUAAAGAAGGAGAUUCUAACGGCAUUGAGAGUAAAUCAAGAGGAAUAUGCGAGGACGGUGGUUACAAAGUAAGUUUGAAUAAAAAUUUUAUUAAAAUUCAUUUUAAGUUUUUAAAUUGAGUUUUUGCUGUUUUUAAUUUGUAAAAAAGGUUUUUUCAAAACAAAUUGAAAAAAUUUAGAUUUCCAAUGUACGUAAUGGAAGUCUUGUGUCGCCCCCUUCAUCCCGACGACCGUUUCUACGGCAAGCUGUACGAUUACUACCAAAGGUACCAACAUAUUGCACAAUAUGAAGCCUUAUCACAUCAGCAUUCAAAAAGAAGCCGUCUGGACGAUGAUGCUCUCAUGAAUCGCCUAAUGAGAUUCCCAGAAGCCAGGUUAAUCGAAUAUGAUUGUGGAAAACUUCAAACUUUGUCCAGAAUGCUCCGUACUUUGUAUGAAGAAGGUCACAGAUGCCUGAUUUUCACUCAAAUGUCAAAAAUGUUGGACAUUCUACAGGCUUUCCUUGCUCAUCAUGGCUACGUCUACUUUAGACUAGAUGGAUCUACUCCAGUGGAAAAGAGACAAGCCCUAAUGGAGAGGUUCAACAGUGAUAACAAGGUGUUUUGCUUUAUUUUGAGUACAAGGGCCGGAGGUGUGGGUAUCAACUUGACCGGAGCUGAUACUGUCAUAUUCUAUGACUCGGACUGGAAUCCUACGAUGGAUGCCCAAGCACAGGAUAGAUGUCACAGGGUAUGGGAAUGUUAUUUUUUCUUUUUUGAGUUAUUGCAAAAUGAAAAAUUUUGGUUCAAAGAUAUUUUUAGGGUUAGAAAGUGCAAAUAUAUCUUUAAAAUCAUAAUUUAGAUUUGAAAGGCUCAUAUUAAUGUACCGUUUUCUAGAUUGGCCAAACAAAAAAUGUCACAAUCUAUCGUCUCAUCUCCUCAAACACAAUCGAAGAAAAUAUUCUCAAAAAGGCGAGGGAAAAGCGACGUCUGGGAGAAAUAACGAUCGACGAAGGCGGCUUCACACCUCAAUUUUUCAAAAAAGCCGACAACAUUCGAGACCUCUUUUUCGACGAUGAAACCCAACCAGAAGCCAUAGAAGUCCCAAUUGCACCAGUAACAGCGGUCGCAUCGGAAGAAGAGCUCAAAAUGGCAAUGGAACGGGCAGAAGAUCGACAAGAUGUUAUCGCAGCCAAGCGAGCAGAAGCCGAAGUUGUCGCAGAGGAAAUUGAAUUUGAUGACAAGAGCAAUUUCAAUUACACGGAUCAGUCGAACGACGAAUUUAUGCAGAUUGUGAGAAUGCUAAGACCCAUUGAACAAUAUGCUGUGCAGUUCUUGUCAAAAGAGUAUAGGCCAGAAGAUUAUAAUGUGAGUUUGAUGCUGUUACACUUAUUUUUAUACUAUCAGGCUUUUAGGCUUAUGUCGUUUUGACCAUAUAAUUAUGCUAUUUUUCAGGCUCCCCUGCUAAACGGUGAACAACAAAAGGCCGAGCACUCAAACCCGAUGAUUUUGGAGAGUUUACCAAGGAAGAGAAAGGUCUACAUCCCCAAGAAACCGGUGGGACCUUCUAGUAUUCAAACUAGAAACAGGUAAGAAAAACAUUAAACAUAACGGUUAUUUAAGUUUUUUGUUUGGCUUGGCAUUUUUAGGCCUAAAUUCCCACUUCAAAAACGGAAAAUACGGUUUUUUGGCCAAUUUUCAUGUUUUUAGGCUAUUACUUAUUUCGGCUGUUUUUUGAGUCUAAUACCAGAAUUGUAAAAUGAUUUAUAAAACAUGUAUAAAUUGCUAUUUCAGAAGGUCACGAACUGGUCGAUAG